GCUGCCAGCGGCGCAACUAACGGCGCGAACAGUUCCACCAAACGUGGCGAGUGCGGUUCAAUGCGAGACGUCGCGAGAGGCACCCUCUCACUGUCCGCGCGACCACUCGCUCCCCUGCUCGUCGUGUCGGCUGUGUGCACGCGUGAAGGCCCACAUGGCCGCACGGCCAUGCCACAGCACGGCGGCAUUGCGCCAUGGCCCAUUCAUACCCAAAUUAAAAUCGACGCGAGGAGCAAGGCAGCGUCAGCAGUGGUGGCGCGGGGCGGGUGGCAGCGGAAGCAGAUGGAUGGUGGAGAGAUGGCGUGGCGUCAUGCCGCGCCUGUCGCUCGCCGCUCUCCUUCUAGCCUUGCUACAUCGCCUUGUCGCAGUUUCAGCAGCACCCGCUGCACCGUCUGCAUCUGUGGUGCGGAUAAACUGUGGCAGCCGCGAGCGGGUGGUGGGGAGGGACGGGCGGGUGUGGGAGGCGGACGCUUUCUACGUGGGCGGGCAGCCGGCGUCUGUGCUGCCGUCCAUGCCGCUCGCCCUCACUGCGGAGCUACGCUGGCAGCGCGUCUUCCGCGCCAACGACGUCAGCUGCUACGACAUCCCGCUCGCCCCUGCCCGCUUCAUUGUGCGCCUGGCCUUCGCGUACCACAGCGACACGCUGCCGAGUGCGCAGAGGGACUUGAACCCGCCGCUCGAGGUGCACAGCGACGACGGCGUCACCACCUCCUCCCUCUCCGCCUCCGGUGCUCCAGAUGCCCUCGGUCGCCGCUCCACAGAUUCCUAUGCGCCCCGCCAAACCACCACCGCUCCCAGUGCUCGCGCUGGUGCUGCCACCCCGCAUGCUAUUGCCGCUGAUGCGCAUGGCAGCGGCGUCUCUGCUUCACCACUGGACGGCGACCGCGUGGGCCAAGGCGAUGCUGUGCAGAGCCGUCGUGACAGCAGCCCCGCGGGCAGGACUCCCAAGGACAAACACAAGGCGCGGUGGCCGCGGUUUGCGGUGCUGGUGGAGGGCGUGCAGAUGGAGACGGUGAGCAUGGGCGGGCACGUGGGCGCGGUGUACGAGGCGGAGUACAUCGUGGACAGCGCGGACGCCUCGCUCACGCUCUGCUUCCUGCCCGUGUGGGGCCACGCCCUCGUCAACUCCAUCGAGAUCCUCCCCGUGCCCCCCCCCUUCUACCUCCUCCCGCAAGUUGUCCCCCCCAACGCCUUCCUCGCCGUGCGCGCGCGCAUUGACUGCGGCCGUGCCGCCCGGAACUACUCAGGCAGCAAUGAGCCACCUAGCCAAGCAUUGACUGAGGGCGCGGGAACGGCCGUGUCGCCUUCAACGACAAAGGGGAGAGUGAGUGGGGACGUUUGGGGUGGUGAGAGCAAUGGCACGGCGAGGGGGUUUGAGCUGUUCAACGAGUCGCUUGCAGCAUCCGUGCUGGCCGUGGCGCCAGACAGGCGCGGGUUCAUGGACGCAGUGGGCAGGCGCUGGGUGAGCGACCUCUCACAGAUCGCUCUCAACCAUGACCACGCUGCACCCAAUGGCCUGCACCAAUCCAUGAAGACUGCAACCCGAUUUGCGGUGACGCCCCCAAAGUCUCUUCACACUGCCUUGCCCGUGAGCGGGGCGGGUGAGGCGCCGCUGUUCCUGGCGCAGCCGCUGCUGCAGACGGCGCGAGAGGCGGUGCUGGCGAGUGGGCUGCACUACUCGUUUUCGAUCCGCGUGCCGGCGCGGCUGAACCGGUGGAUGGUGCUGCUGCACUUUGUGGCGGUGCAGCCGGGGUCGCGCGUGGGCGAGCGCGUGUUUGACAUCCACGUGAACGGCGUGACUGUGAGCGCCUUUGACAUCCUGCGUGAAACCCACGGGCAGCACAACCGCCUGGUGACGCUGCCCGUGGUGGUGGGGUUCAGCCGGCCCGCCAUUGGGUCGGCGCCCACGCUGGAGGUGCAACUGGUGGCGUGCAAUGGCAGCAAGCUCAGCCCCCUCAUCACCAGCAUCGAGGUCAUUGAAGUCGUGCGCGCCAACGUCCCCCGCGAAAACGUCGUCUCCGAGCUUCAAGCACAGCAGAAGACCACAGGGUCGCAAGCCGCCCCUGAACCUGCUCGUCCGCGUUCCAGUCGCACGGGUGUGGUGGCAGGGGCGAUAGGCGGGGCUGGGGCACUGGUAUUUCUCGCCCUCAUGGUGCCACUGUUGCUUCUCUGGCGCCACCAGCACCGACGGCGCCAUGCCAUGCGCUCACAGCUACUGGAGGAAGGUGCCCUGGACUCUGCAGCACUGCACGCUGAACAGGGUCUAAACACACCAGAAGCAGUGGGUGGUGGAGAGGAAGUUGACGCACUUGUGGUGCCAGGGGAAGGGCUGGACAAUGUUGAUACAUAA